AUGUCCAGCUACAAGCGAGCUACGCUGGAGGAGGAGGAGGGCUCGGACACGCCAGCUGAGGCGGCCUCAUCUCCUGACAGAAUGGAGGUUGGCUUCAGGAAGGGUGGUGUGGACAUCCUGGGUAGGAGGACUCAGUUGGAGGUCCUUCUCUCAGUCAUGCUUCUCGCUGCUCUGCUGGCUCUGCUCGCCUGUCUGGUGGUUCUGGGGCUGGGAUUCAGCUCAGACAGUGGGCGGGGCCUUUGCCUGUCAGAGGCGUGCGUCACUGUGGCGAGCCAGAUUGUUGAGGCGAUGGACCGCAGCGCCGACCCCUGCCAGGAUUUCUACCAGUUCGCCUGCGGCGGAUGGAUGAGAAAGAACCCGCUGCCUGACGGACGCUCGCGCUGGUCCACGUUCAACAGCAUAUGGGAGCAGAACCAGGCGCUGCUCAAACACUUACUGGAGAAUGGGACGUUUAACGGAACCAGCGAAGCAGAGAGGAAGACUCAGUCCUACUACCUGUCCUGCCUCAACACGCAGAGGAUCGAAGAGCUCGGAUCUCAGCCUCUCAUGGACCUAAUAACCAAGAUCGGCGGCUGGAACAUGACCGGUCCGUGGGAAAAAGACAACUUCAUGGAGGUUCUGAAGAUGGUCUCUGGUCCGUACAGAGCUCAGCCGUUUUUCAGCGUGGGAGUCAGCACCGAUCCCAAAAACUCCAACAGCAACGUUAUCCAGGUGGACCAAUCAGGGCUCUUCCUACCGUCCAGGGACUAUUACCUCAACAAGACGGCCAAUGAGAAGGUGCUGGCAGCAUACCUGGAUUACAUGGUGGAGCUGGGCACGCUGCUGGGGGGCGAGAAGAGCUCCACCCAGCUUCAAAUGCAGCAGAUUCUGGAGUUUGAGACGGCGCUUGCUAACAUCACCGUCCCCCAGGACCAGCGGCGAGACGAAGAGAAGAUCUACCACAAGGUCACCAUCGCAGAGCUGCAGCUGCUGGCUCCAGCCGUGGACUGGCUAGACUUCUUGACUUUUUCUCUGGCUCCUCUGGACCUAAACGACACAGAACCAGUGGUUCUGUAUGCCAGAGAGUACCUGCAGCAGGUGUCCGAGCUCAUCAACAAGACCGACCGCAGUCUGCUGAACAACUACAUGAUGUGGACGUUGGUUCAGAAGGGAGUCGCCACUCUGGAUCAGCGCUUCGAGAAUGCUCAGGACAAACUUCUGGAGAGUCUCUACGGCACCAAGAAGAUGGAGUCAUGCACGCCGCGUUGGCAGACCUGCAUCGGGAACACAGACGACACUCUGGGCUUUGCUCUUGGAGCCCUCUUUGUCAAGGCAACAUUUGACAAACACAGCAAAGAGAUUGCAGAGGAUAUGAUCAAUGAGAUCCGCUCUGCAUUCAAAUACGCUUUGGACAGACUCAGUUGGAUGGAUGAUGAGACAAGACAGGCUGCUAAGGACAAGGCAGAUGCCAUCUAUGACAUGAUUGGUUUCCCAGAAUUCAUCCUGGAUCCCAAAGAGCUGGAUGAUGUUUACGAUGGGUACGAGGUGUCGGAUGACAGCUUCUUCCAAAACAUGUUGAACUUCUACAACUUCUCAGCCCGAGUGAUGGCCGACCAGCUGAGGAAGACUCCAAACAAAGACCAAUGGAGCAUGACUCCUCCUACAGUUAAUGCCUACUACAUGCCCACUAAGAACGGCAUCGUAUUCCCUGCUGGGAUCCUGCAAGCUCCUUUCUACGCCCACGACCAUCCUAAAGCAUUGAACUUUGGUGGCAUUGGGGUGGUGAUGGGUCAUGAGCUUACCCAUGCCUUUGAUGAUCAGGGUCGUGAGUACGAUAAAGAAGGUAACCUGAGGCCGUGGUGGCAGAACUCCUCAGUGGAGGCGUUCCGUCGUAGAACAGAGUGCAUGGUGGACCAGUACAACCACUACACCGUAAAUGGGGAACCAAUCAACGGAAAACAGACGCUUGGAGAAAACAUUGCUGACAAUGGGGGACUGAAAGCAGCUUACCAUGCGUACAGAUCGUGGAUCAGGAAAAAUGGAGAGGAGAAGAGGCUUCCAGCCGUGAACCUAACAAAUGAUCAGCUCUUCUUUCUAGGAUUUGCUCAGGUAUGGUGCUCAGUUCGCACACCAGAGAGCGCUCACGAGGGCCUGGUGACCGACCCUCACAGCCCCCCCAAAUACAGAGUCAUCGGCACUCUGGCCAACUCUCCGGAAUUCAGUCAACAUUUCCAAUGUCCAGAAGGGACGCCCAUGAACACCGGGAAGCGCUGUGAGGUCUGGUAGAGGACCGGCAGUGGCGAUGGGGUUGGUUAAUCGGUUCAAUCCACAGGUUGACCGUUAUUAUAGUGUCUUAGGUUCUGCACGACCCGUUGCGUUCACAGCCCAUGUGUAAUCUUUAGUUCAUCAGUUACUUGGCGACGAUCAGACUAACUUCCUGUCUGGAAACCGAACAGCUUCAACGGACUUCAGAAACGUGACGAUCUGAUGAUGAUGGUGAUGAAGCCACAUGGGACAGUGUUGCUGAUGUUUGCUUUAUCCCCAUUAAUGGGCUUUUAAGUGUAUGUUUUUUUUAUGAGGGGUUUCUGUAUCUUCGUCUGUGACAUCACUGUGAUAACCUCACACCAUACUGACCCAUUACUUCACCCAUGUGUAAGGAAGCUGUCGUUUGAUUGGCUGGAUGCUGGAAAAUGAAGAUAUCCAAGGAUUUAAAUACUCUAUCUGUACAUUUAGAGGUUUUAUUUAACACCAAAUGGCUUUAAUGUUCAAAUAUACAUGUAAUGUUCCUUUAAUCCCGCUGACAGCCAAUUAAAUGUAAAGUAUCUGACAGUCUUCUGGCCAGAAUCAUAAAUUGAUGAAUUUUGUCUGUUUUUCCACAAAAAAGUCUAUUAUCAUCAAUCGAACAUUUUCAGACAAUCAUCUUUGUUUCAUCUGCUGCCUUGAAUUCAAGUGGAAUUAUUCACUAUUUUAUUGGUGCCAGUUUUAAGGUCAAAUCUCCACAGUUGAUUCCUUUAGUCUACUUUAUGUAGUUUCCCUGUUAAACCCAGAAACAAUGUGCCAUGAUCCAGAAUGUUGCCUUCAAAGUCUAAAAUAAAGUGUUUAAAUAUAAAAUGAGGCCCGGAGAGUGUGGUUCAGACCGACAGCUGCAGUAACGGAGCGAUGAAGGCUAAAGGAAGUAACCCUGAGAAGAGGUUAGGCAUUACUUGAGGAUAUUAAGAGCUUAAAGGUACAUCAUCACAUUGUAUGCCGAUACUAAAAAGACCAAAUCCAGUUAAUGAUGAUAAAUUAAGGCUUUUUACUCCAAGCUUCUGUCUUGUGAGUGUGUAAAUCGUCCUUUUUGGACUAAAUAGAACUCCAGCCAUAGAGCUGUCAUAAGAUUUGGCGCCAUCGGCUGGAAGUACAGCAAAACUACCUUAAAGCCAGAAGGUGUCUGUUGAAACACCGACUAAGGCCACAUCUCAGAAAGAUAGGGCAUGACGGCUUGCUAACACCAGUAGCACUAUUAACAAGGUCAGAUACUCCGGUGUCUAGUACCUUCACAGUGACAUCAGAAUACUUCUUGAGCUUUAGCAAGUUCCCAACUGUCAGAUUGUUUUCCCAGCCAAACUCCAGUUGUAUUCCUCUUGGACUUUCACAGCUUUUUGCACCUUUAUACACUUGAUCUUGGACAAUUUUUUUGUUAGUUUUUUUGGAUAUACACUGAAAGCUCCUCACGCACUCGCCUACAAUGUUUUCGACCAAUUGUACGCAUAAGUAGUGUUGUAAUCCAGUUCUUGAUGUUUACUAACAAGCGGAGCAAAGACAAAGCUUAAAAAGGAAAAAAAACAAUACUAUGCCAUCAGGAAUUCCUAAUUUGCUAUAAAAACUUGAUAUACGAUGAGAAUGAGUUAGUGGCAUUAACAUUUUUUAAAUAUCAGGUAAAGGGGAACCAUUAACAAAGAGGUUAUAUAAGGGCCCAGAUAGACUCUUCAUGGCCUAUUAGAUCAUGGUAGCAUUGUAGCAAACAAGAUGCUACUAAGCCUUGCACCUGAUAAUACACAUCCUUAGGAUGUUGACCUUCAGGCUAGCUUAUGCUUAACAGUAGCAGGUUCUACAGCACAGGUUUCAGGCUUGGUCUUAAAGAACAAAUCACCUUCAGAUUUUUCAGUCAUAA